CACAGCGCAGUCAGUCAGAUUCCUCUGCGCUGAGUCUGAGCUUAGCUGGAGGGAGGGCACGGACGCUGCCCCGCAAUUCCCUUCCUACUAGUGUCCUUAACACAGAAUACUAGUUUUUUUAAAACAAAAACUUCAUGAGAAACGUGGGGAAGUGCUAGACUCGCAUGGAGCGUUUUCGGAAUUCGGCUGUUUGGCUGGGCGCUUUCUACCUCAUCUGUAUGACCGUCUUGAGCCGGAGUGGAGUUGACGGAGUGUUCCCCCCCUUAUUCAAACUAGCGGCCCUCUGCAAAUUCUGUGAUCUGCUCCCCACGUCCUGCAAUGGCACUGGGAACUGCAAGUCCAACUGCAGCAUCACGUCCAUAUGUGGUCUGCCCGAGCAGGUGUGCGUGGCAAUCUGGAGGAGGAAUGAUAACAACCACACACUGGAGACUGUGUGCCACGACCCGGCCCUGCCUCUGUACGGCAUGCACCUGGACGACUACAACAGCUCCACGUGCGUGAUGAAGGAGAAGAAGGCCGAGGAUGGAAUGCUCUUCAUCUGCUCCUGCAACCAGGAGGAGUGCAACGACAACGUCAUCUUCACUCAGAUUCAAGGGCCAACCGUGGAGUCCCAGGUGGCUGCAGUCAUCCUGGUGAGCCUGCUACCACUGCUGGUUCUGGCCGUGCUGGUGGUGGCCAUGUUCUACUGGUACCGCGUUUACCGCCGGCGCCAGAGCGAGUGGGACACCCGCAAGCCACACAAGCGCAAGGGCCCGCUGGACUGCAGCGACGCCUGCGCCAUCAUGAUGGACGACGACCGCUCGGACAGUAGCUCCACGCACGCCAACAGCCUCAACCACAACACCGAGCCGCUGCCCAUUGAGUUGGACCAGCUGGUGGGCAAGGGCCGCUUUGCAGAGGUCUACAAGGCCAAGCUGAAGCAGAACCCCUCGGAGCAGUUCGAGACGGUGGCCGUCAAGAUCUUCCCCGAAGAGGAGUACGCCUCGUGGAAGAACGAGAAGGACAUCUUCUCCGACAUCGACCUCAAGCACGAGAACGUGCUGCACUUCCUGACGGCCGAGGAGCGCAAGGUGGAGAAGCAGUACUGGCUGAUCACGGCCUUCCACUCGUGCGGCAACCUGCAGGACUACCUGAUGCGUCACGUCAUCAGCUGGGAGGACCUGCGGGUGCUGGGCAGCUCGCUGGCGCGCGGCGUGGCGCACCUCCACAGCGACCACAGCACCGGCGGCCGGCCCAAGGUGCCCAUCGUCCACCGGGACCUGAAGAGCUCCAACAUCCUGGUGAAACAAGACCUCUGCUGCUGCCUCUGCGACUUUGGGCUCGCCCUCAGGCUGGAUAACUCGCUGUCUGUGGAUGAUCUGGCCAAUAGCGGACAGGUGGGCACGGCCAGGUACAUGGCCCCGGAGGUGCUGGAGUCCAGGAUAAACCUGGAGAACAUCGAGUCCUUCAAACAGGCCGACAUCUACUCCAUGGCCCUGGUGCUGUGGGAGAUCACCUCUAGAUGCACCGCCAUAGGAGAGGUGAAGGAGUAUGAGCCGCCGUUCGGGUCCAAAGUGCGAGAGCACCCCUGUGUGGAGAGCAUGAAGGACAACGUCCUGAGAGAUCGGGGGCGGCCUGAGAUCCCCGACAGCUGGAGCAAACAUCAGGGCGUGGCGAUAGUGUGCGGCACGAUCGACGAGUGCUGGGACCACGACCCAGAGGCUCGGCUCACCGCCCACUGCGUGGCCGAGCGCUUCGACGAGAUAGAGGACGAGAUGGACAAGCUGUCCAGCCGCAGCAGCUCCGAGGAGAAGAUUCCGGAAGACUUGUCCCAGAACGACGGGAAGUGAGAGAAACCCCUCCAUGUGCCUUUUGAGAACUCUGAAGUGCCUUCUCUCUCACAUAUCUCUGCUGGGGGCAAGGGACAGGGGUUGA